AUGCUGGUCUCCUUGACAGUCGGCAAGGUAGACGCAGGAGUCGCCGUACUCUUGACCCAGGACAACAGACUGAUCGAAUUCCCCUCCGUCCUUCUCCCCAGCAACAUCACGUCCGGUAGUAUCGUCGACAUCACCGUCGCGCGCAACCACGCAGCCGAAUCCGCCAGUGCCGCAAACUUCCAGUCGCUCCAAAAACGUAUCCUCAAUACCUAUGGCAUCAAGACCCCCACACCCCCGGUUCUCCGUCUCCGCAACGCAACCCAAACUUCCCUCGUCCUGGAAUGGGACCCUAUUGACCUAGCCACCGCAUCCCUGAAGUCACUCUCCCUGUAUCGCAAUGGCUCCAAAGCCGGGUCCAUUCCCCGUCCGCUUGAGACGCGAAGCACCAAGAUUAGCGGUCUAGCCAUUCACACCGAAUACACGUUCCACCUCGUCCUGCGCACUACCGCCGGCACUUACCAGUCGGAGAAGUUGACCUGCCGCACGCACAAGAUGACAGAUCUCUCCGGUAUCACAGUGACGGCGGGCAUCCUCCCCCCACAACAGAAGGAUGCUCUUGCAGCUGCGUUGGAUCGCAUCGGUGGAAAGCUGAUCGACUCGGUCCGCAUUGAUACCACCCACUUUGUCUGUACCGAGGGGAGGGGUCCGCUCUGGGAGAAGGCCGUUGAGAUGAACAUCCCCGUGGUUGUUCCGGAAUGGGUGGAUGCUUGCGAGGCUGAGGGCACUAUUGUUAGUGUUCGUGGGUAUUACCUGAAUGCUGAUCCCAAGGCAAGACAGCUGGGCCCGAUUCACAGCUCUACUCAGCACCAACGAACGGUUUCUACCGCCACCUCGAAUCUGGCGCCCCCAGCUGCGCAGGCUCAGACCUCCUCACGGCAGACGGGGCAGGAAGAUGAGCAGAACCUUGAGCCCCCGGUUACGCCGUUCCCGGGAGCUGAGAUGACCGGCCAGCCCAUCGCGGAAGAGAAGGAGGUGGGAUCGGACGAGAGCACAGAGUCGCCGCCCCCUCCACCUCCGAAGGAUGAAGAGGAGGAUGAAACUGCCGAGCAGAAUGGCGAUCAUGAGACACCGCCACCUCCGCCAGAGAAGGACGAGAGCGAGAGCGAGGGUGAGGGUAAGGACGAGGAAGAGAAGACUGAAGAGGACACGCAAGAGCCAGCAGAGGAAGAGAAAGAGAAGGACGACUCAUCAAAUGCCAAAGAGCGCAAAUCAAAGGAGGGAGGAGAAGGGGACUUUAAUGAAGUCCCUCUGUAA